AUGAUUAUUAUUUAAUAAAAUGCAAAAUGUAUUACAAAUCAACUCGAGUUCAUGAUGUUCAUCCAGAACAACUCUAUUAAAAAAUAUUCUCAUAACAGAUGUUAUAAUUCCUCCAGGAUCAAGCGUCAAAGUUAAAUUUCAUUAUUUAUUUUGGAGUUUUAAUUAUUAUUAAAGGAAGAAGGGAAAACGUUAAGUAUAUAUCAGAAAGUUUCUAUCCGUAGUUUUUCUAAUUGUACUUCUUACAAAGUAAAAUAACAACGAAAGAAAGAUUUAUAUAAAUAUUAUGACUUUCUUAGCCAACUUGAUGAUUUUACAACUGAUUAUACUUUAUAUAAGAGGCUUGGUAGGACAGAUAUAAAAUUUAAUAGUAUAUAUCACAAACAUCAAAAGAGGAUUAAUUUUUCAAAUUUGAAAAUCUUAUGGAGCGCUGAAAUUAGCUCGCUUAGUGGUGAGAAUUAGAUUUUUAGUGUUCAUAUUCCAAAAACCUUCAAGGAUAUUUCAGCUCAAAAUACUUUCUUUUCCCUAUGA